AUGGCACCACCCGAUCUGUCGGCCUCUGCAACCUCCAGUGCGACAGGGACACCCGCUGGCUAUGGUAGGGCGUGUACUGCAUGCCAGAGAGCGAAAUGCAAGUGUAUCUUGAGAGCUUCUGGCCAAGAUUGCGAAAGAACGGCCCAGUUAGAAGAGAAGCUUGAAGAUCUUGUUACUAUCCUGCGCGCAGCUCAGCCGUCAAAUGGCAACCUGCAGCCGUCAAAUUCGGGCGAAUCUAGCCCUUUGAUGAAUUCGUCCAACAUGUGUCACCUCACCAGCCGCUUAGAAUCUCUAGCAACAGCUGCAGCAUCGUCUUCUUCAUCGGAAACCCAACCUCGCUCAUAUCCUGCACCUCAUAGUUAUGGUUCCAAAAGCACAGGGGACAGCCAUAUGCAUACAUCGCCCUCCAGCAUUGGAGGAGAUACAUCAUCACUGCCUGAACCUACGCCAGAAGAGGCUGAAGUAUACCUGAGAAAGUUCAAGACGUGGCUGGAGAAGUUCCCCUGCAUAGUCCUGCCCCAAGAUAUGACAGCUGCGGCUUUGCGAAAAGAGAAACCGUUUCUGUGGCUAUGUAUUAUGAACAUCACGUCAAUGUCCGUCGAGCAGCAGAUUAAAAUGAAAGACCAAGUUCGACAAGAAAUUGCCACAAGAAUUAUCAUUAACCAUGAGAGAUCCAUGGACUGCCUUCAAGGAAUUAUAUGUUAUGUCACCUGUCCAGGUAAACCUUUUAUCGUCACAUUUUGCCAAAUGGCCGUCUUGGUUGCCUAUGAGCUUGGUCUUACAAAAGCCCCUGUUGAGGAACAAUACUUUACAGUUUGUUUCAAACUCUGGGGAGGACGACCCGCUCCGCCGCGGUUACGCACGUUGGAGGAACGGCGAACCGUUUUGUCGCUUUGGUUUCUCACUUCCGUAUACCAGCUUGUGGCAGAUGAAGCGCAGAAAUUGUUGGUUCGUGAUGUCAUGGGCGAUCCGUCACCACCACCCACGUACAUUUUCAGAAAGAGUUUGCUUGCCAAGCUGCAGGCGGUUCGGGACGGGUUACCCUUGAACAUGCCCAUGACCCGUUCAGAUAGCUUUGUACCGGCUCACAACGUCCGAGGACCCUGCUUGGGACAAGGAGGUGGUACGGCACACAGCAGACUUACUGGUACUUCUGGAUCAAGUCAUCGAAUUUUUUACACGUAUCGACUCGGUCUACAGGAUGAAGGCUAG